AGUGCAAGUGCACCGCGUUAAAUGCAUUAAUUUUAUACGCAUUAAUGGAGAAUCGCGCGUUAAUAUGAAGCUAAAGGUCCUGACCCAAUGGUCGCAGAUAGUAGUCGGUUAUAUAUAAGGCGAGCUCCUUCUCUGGUGGUUCAGUCAACUCGAGUCAACUUUGUUGGAGUGCUGAAGAGAGGAAAUCGCCGAGCCGGUUACCAGACUGCAUCUUGGCCCCGGUCACCAAUUACUUCUCCUGCCUCUCGCAAGUGCAGCCAGCCGACCGGUUUCCUAGAUUUCCUUGGCUAGUCGUUGGCUGCUCUCCUUGCAUCUAUCCAGAAGACCGCAGACUCGAUCCUUCGUUAGUUCUGAUAGUGAAAGUGCAAACCGCAUCAGAUGCUGAUACCUAAGAGUCUGGGCUAUCGUUUUACCAAACGUAGCUUUGCAGUCGCCUCCCUUCUUUAAGGUCUUUUGGAGGUUUUCGGUAGCUUCUCCUUUAGUUCUAAUUAGGCGGUGAUGGCCCAGUUAAAAGUUGCCAUAAUCGGCCAGAGCAACUUCGCAGCAGAAGUUUACAAGCUGCUGCGACAAGAGGGACAUCGAAUCACCGGAGUAUUUACAAUUCCUGACAAAGGGGAUCGGGAAGAUCCUCUGGCUACAACGGCAAAGAUCGACGGUACACCUGUCUUCAAGAUCAAGGCUUGGAGAAGUAAAGGAGUUGCCCUGCAAGAGGUCCUCGAUCUCUACAAUGGAAUCGCAGUCGACCUCAAUAUUCUCCCUUUUUGCACGCAAUUUAUCCCCAUGGAAGUGAUCGACCGACCUCGCCAUGGAAGCAUAUGUUAUCAUCCUUCCCUUCUGCCUAAGCAUCGCGGAGCCAGCGCCAUAAGUUGGACAUUGAUCCAAGGCGACAAGACCGCAGGGUUCUCCGUCUUCUGGGCGGACGACGGGCUGGAUACAGGUCCGAUAUUGCUGCAGAGAUCCUGCCCAGUGGAGCCGAACGACACCUUGGACAGCCUUUACAACAGAUUCCUGUAUCCAGAAGGGAUCAAAGCCAUCGGCGAGGCCGUAAAUCUCGUGGCGCAGGGAACGGCCCCGAAGAUCCCCCAGCCAAAGGAUGGUGCCACGUACGACCCCAUGGUCAACAAGAAGGAAAUCCAGCGCGUAGACUGGAACAAAUCGGCUCAAGAAGUCCACAACUUCGUCAGAGCUCUGGACAGCACACCAGGUGCUUGGACUCUUCUUAACGGAGAAGAAGUGCGGCUGUAUGGCUCGAAAAUUUGGACCACUCCUUUGCCAGGAGGUGACCAGGUCGAUGUGGACGGACGACCAGGUGUGGUCCACGAAUCAGGACUCGUCGUCGUCGCAGCCGAUGAUAACCUAGUGAACAUCGAAACAUUGAAAGUAGGGAACAGGACGAUACGAGCGAGCAUGUACGGGAAGUCUACAAAUGGGACUCAAACCCUUGAAUUCAGCGAAGACGAGAUCAAGCACCGGGAGACGAUCCGCAGGAUCUGGUCCAGCAUCCUCAAGGUGGAGGACGUUGACGACGAUACCGACUUCUUCGCUUCUGGUGCAGGCAGCAUGGACGUCGUGCGCCUCGUCGAGGAAGUUAAGGACAAUAUCGGAGUUAGCUUGCAGAACACGGACGUCUUCAUGGCUCCGGUGUUCCUGGAGUUCGUGAACUCGGUAGUGUUGGCAGCUCGAGGUGCCAAAGCGGCGACCGAGGUGACGUACGAAGCAGUGGAGAUCCACGUGAAUAAUCUGGACCUCAAGUUCCCCAGGCAGCUCUUCAUCGACGGGGAGUUCGUAAACGGCACGGCGAAGCCCAUCGACUCGAUCAAUCCCCACGACGAGAGCAUCAUCUGCUCGGUCGAAAGCGCUUCCGUCGAGGACGUCGAUAAGGCCGUCCGGGCCGCGAAAAUCGCCUUCGAGCAGGGAGAGUGGAGCAAGAUCAGCGCCAGAGAACGAGGAGCUUUGCUCUUCAAAUUGGCCGACCUGAUGGAGCUCCACAAGGAGGAGUUGGCGACGAUCGAGAGCAUAGACUCUGGGGCUGUGUACACCUUGGCCUUGAAGACGCACAUAGGGAUGUCUAUCGAGACCUGGAGGUACUUUGCAGGCUGGUGCGAUAAGAUCCAAGGGUCUACCAUCCCGAUAUCUCAUGCAAGGCCGAAUCGCAACCUAACGUUCACCCGUAAGGAGCCAAUCGGUGUUUGCGGUCUGGUAACACCCUGGAAUUAUCCGCUGAUGAUGCUCUCCUGGAAGAUGGCGGCCUGCCUGGCAGCAGGGAACACAGUAGUGAUAAAACCUGCCCAAGUUUCUCCUCUAACGGCCUUGAAAUUCGCGGAGCUUUCGGUGCUGGCAGGAAUCCCACGCGGGGUCAUCAACGUGAUCCCUGGGACCGGGUCCGGAACAGGGAACGCGUUGGUAUCUCAUCCUUCGGUACGAAAAUUGGGCUUCACCGGGUCCACCGAAGUCGGCCAGCUGAUCAUGAGGUCCUGCGCCGACAGCAACCUGAAAAAAGUGUCCUUAGAAUUGGGAGGCAAAAGUCCUCUGGUCAUAUUCGAAGACGCGGACCUGCAACAGGCGAUCAGGAUCGCCAUGGGAAGCGUCUUCUUCAACAAGGGAGAAAACUGCAUCGCCGCUGGUCGGCUCUUCGUGGAGGAAGGUAUCCACGAUGAAUUCGUCAGGAGAGUGAUAACGGAGACGAAGAAGAUAUCGGUUGGAGAUCCCCUGGACAGGAGUACGGCUCACGGGCCCCAGAAUCAUAAAGCGCAUCUGGAGAAGCUCCUGGAGUUCGUUAAGCGCGGAGUCGAGGACGGUGCCAAACUUGAAUACGGAGGUCGACGAGUCGACAGGCCAGGAUGGUACUUCGAGCCGGCGAUAUUCACAAAUGUCCAGGACCAAAUGUUCAUCGCGAAGGAGGAGUCCUUCGGGCCCAUCAUGGUCAUCUCCAAAUUCAGCUCCUCGGACAUGGACCAAGUGAUCGCCAGGGCGAAUGACACGGAAUAUGGAUUGGCCUCUGGAGUGCUGACCAAGGACAUCGGAAGAGCUCUGAGAUUCGCCGAGAAAAUAGAGGCGGGAACCGUCUUCGUCAACACGUACAAUAAAACUGACGUCGCAGCUCCAUUCGGAGGGUUCAAAAGGUCCGGCUUCGGCAAAGACCUGGGGCAGGAAGCGCUUAAUGAGUACCUAAAAACGAAAACGGUUACCAUCGAGUACUAAAUAUCGGCAAAUGCGAGAACUUUACAGGUUCUAAGUUUCUACUUAACUCGUUGCUCGGAAAAAGACCUCAGAAGACGACAUAAACUGGCCCCGUUCUGGCUGGCUUCGCUUCGGUCCGGGACCACUUAUUCCUCUCUAUCUACGACAGAGAUCCAGCGAUUAUAAAUUUUUCUACGUAUUAUUUAUCAAUAAAUAUAUACACAUUCUUGUAAAUAUCUA